UUUUGUGAACGACGCCAUUUUUGCUUCCGGCGAUCAAUAAGCAGUCAGAUAAUUCAUUUAAAACUGGAUGGUCAUGUACAACGUGGCAUCAGUUUUCACUGUUCUCGUCUUUAUAGGCCCACCACAUCUUUUCGCAUCAGGUGCUUGUACAGACAACCAUAACUCUUGUUCCGAUUGGGCUGGUAUCGGGGAGUGUUCAAAAAAUCCUCUGUGGAUGCUUGAUAAUUGUCCGGUGAGCUGCAAAGUGUGUUCUGGAGUACCGGCGUGUGUCAACAUUUACAAUGACCAGUACUGUAAAAGUAAUGUGGGGAACUGUUGGACGUCGUCCAUUGCUGCUGAUCUUGUAAAGAACUGUAGGAAAACUUGUGUUUGUAAAUGCUGCCCCUCAAGUCCUACAACAGUACCAACAACUGCAUAUGUCCAUAACGCAACAAGGUAUACAACGGUAUCAGCUUUGACCUCGGCUACCACUUCAGUGGAAAUAGCAACGACAUCAGCUUUGACCUCGGCUACCACUACUGUGGAAAUAACAACGACAGCAAAGGAUAUCAGUACCACGCCUCAAACAACAUCAACAAUAACAAACUCGACUCCAAACGAGGAGAGAACUACGGUGCAAACAG